AUGUCGUAUAUCGCGCCCAUCCAUAGACCAAGCAGCAUACGCCAGGCCAUCAGGAUACGCCUGUCUGAGGAAGAUGAAAGCGAGAGCUUGGUGGUAGCACGAUCAAACAGACUCGAAGUAUGGCGCAUCACGCCCACCGAUAUGUACUUGCUCGGCUCUGCCGCAGUCUACGGCACCAUCCUCCUCCUCCAGCGCCUGCGACCCAGGGACAGUAAAGCUGACCUGCUCUUCGUCGGUACCGAUCGAUUUCAAUACUUUACGGCGAGAUGGGACUCUGCCACACAGAGGCUACACACGGAGCAGGUCGUCGAGGAUACCGCCGAGCCUCACAUGCGCGAAGCUCAGAGCCAGGACAAGUGCCUAGUCGAUCCGACAGGCAGGUUCAUGGCUAUGCACUUAUGGGAGGGUGUCAUGAACGUCAUGCGCUUGGGAACUAGGAAAGGACAGCUCGCUCGCCUUGACGAUGCAUGGGAACAAGUCCGCCUCUCCGAGCUCUUCAUGAAGGCGAGCAUCUUUGUGCCCACCGAGACUGGUCAUCCCACCGUUGCCUUCUUGUACCAGUCCAAGAUCGAUAAAGAGGACGCGCGACUCGCCAUAUACAGACUUAUGACGGACGAUAAGAACACAGCUGUCUCGAGGUUCGAUCCAGAACGCAAUAGAGACCUCGACAUCGAGAUCAAGGAUCCUUAUGCCCGUAUCCUCAUUCCUGUGAACAUCAUCGAGGAUGAAGUUAAGCGAUACCACAAAAGGGACACUUCAGCGGCCAAGGCACAACUGGGUGGCUUGAUUGUAGUUGGCGAAACUCUACUGGUUUACGUCGAUACCUUGACGCAGUCUGUCGUGGAAAGUCCAAUGGCAAGUCCCGCCAUAUUCGUGGCAUGGGCUGCCUAUGAUGACACAAACUUUUUCCUUUCUGAUGACUAUGGCAAUCUUCACCUUCUGACGAUUGAGACCGAGGGUGUUGUUGUUCUCGGAAUGACUGUCAGAACACUUGGAGUAACGUCUCGCGCAUCGUGUCUAGUGUAUAUGGGAGACGGCAUGCUUUUCCUGGGCUCUCACUACGGCGACUCGCAACUACUACAGGUGAAUCUCGAAGAAUUGUCGACGAAGCUUGUGCAGACCAUUCCCAACAUUGCACCUAUUCUCGACUUCGCCAUCAUGGAUUUGGGAAACGCUGGAGACAGCCAGAUUGGCAACGCCUUCUCGUCAGGCCAAGCUCGCAUCGUCGCCGGCUGUGGUGUCCAUCAAAACGGCAGUCUACGGAGUAUUCGAAGCAGUGUCGGACUGGAAGAUAUUGGUGUUCUGGAAGACCUGCAGGAUGCCCGAGGUCUCUUCAGUCUACAGUCGCACGGCUCUGAAAAAGUUGACACUCUCGUGGUUUCCUUCAUGACGGAAACCAGAGUUUUCAGCUUUGAUGCCGAGGGUGGUAUUGAAGAAGUGUUUGAGUUUCACGGGCUCAAUCUGGACCAGCCUACUCUAAUCGCAAAAACAUUGCCCAGUGGUCAAUUACUUCAGGUCACCGCAGCAAUCGUGACUCUGCUCGAUCUGGAGAGCGGCGUUACUCUGAACAGUUGGUCGGUACCAGAUGGCAAGACCAUUGUCAAUGCCUCUGCCAACAGCAAAUGGGUUUUGCUGUCUAUCAACGGCACCUCUCUGGUAUCAUUGAACUUGGUCGAUAACUUGGCAGCUCAAGAGCAAAUCUUGGGCCGCGGCGUUGGGGGCGAGGAAGACCAAAUUUCUUGCGUACAUGCAGCCAGCGAUCUCGACCAUGUUGGCGUGGUAGGUUUCUGGGCAACGGGUUCUGUGUCCAUAAUUGACCUCCGCACGCUCAACGCCCUUCAGGGUGAAACCAUCAAGCAAACCGAUGACAGCGUCUCGGUUCCUAGAGACAUGGUUCUUGUGCAAUUGCACCCACCACACCUUCUCGGCCCAACGCUGUUCGUCGCUAUGGAAGAUGGUCAGGUUGUGUCGUUCAACGUGUCGAAAGAUGACUUCUCCUUGUCAAGUCGCAAAAGCGUCACCUUGGGUAGCAAACAAGCUGGGCUACACGUUCUUCCAAGACCAGACGACGAAGGCAUCAACAAUGUAUUUGCUACGACCGAGCACUCUAGUCUGAUCUACAGCUCAGAAGGAAGAAUCAUCUACUCGGCGGCAACUGCAGAAGACGUGACCUAUAUCGCCCCCUUCGACUCUGAAGCCUUCCCAGAUGCCAUCUUCCUCGCCACGGAUCGUAACGUACGGAUCGCCCACAUCGAUGCGGAAAGGAGAACGCAUGUCAACCCCCUUCCUCUACGCGAGACGGUUCGAAGAGUGGCUUAUUCGCCAGCACUCCGUGCUUUUGGCAUAGGCACCAUUCGAAGAGAACUCAUCAACAAUGAAGAGGCGGUAUCAAGCUCAUUCCAGCUGGUCGACGAGGUGGUUCUUGGCGUUGUUGGCAAGGCAUUCCACCUGGAUGGCUCCACAUCAGCCGAAAUGGUCGAAAGCGUCAUCAGAGCAGAGUUGCCCGACAGUAUGGGGCAGCCUGCCGAACGAUUCAUUAUCGGAACAAGUUAUCUGGCAGACCCGGAGGUUGAUGAGAACAGCGAUAUCAAGGGUCGGAUUCUGGUGUUAGGCGUUGAUUCUGACAAGAACCCCUAUUUGAUAGUCAGCCACGCGCUUAAGGGCGCGUGUCGCAGUCUUGGAGUGAUGGGCGACAAGAUUGUCGCUGGAUUAAGCAAGACGGUAGUGGUCUACGACUACGCCGAAGAGUCGAGCACAUCUGGAGCACUCCGCAAGCUGGCUACUUUCCGCCCUUCAACAUUCCCGGUUGACAUUGAUGUCAAUGGCAACAUGAUUGGGGUCGCCGAUCUCAUGCAGUCGAUGACCCUAGUCGAGUUCAUCCCGGCACAAGAUGGGGACAAAGCCAAGCUUGUAGAGCGCGCUCGUCACUUUCAGUACAUUUGGGCCACGUCAGUAUGUCACUUGGAAGAGCAUUCGUGGCUCGAGUCCGAUGCGCAAGGCAAUCUCAUGGUACUACGGAGGAACCCCAACGCGCCGACAGAGCAUGACCAGAAGCAGAUGGAAGUCAUUAGUGAAUUCCACCUCGGAGAGCAAGUGAACAAGAUUCGAUCACUCGACAUUGUUCCGAAUGGGAACGACCCGAUCGUGCCAAAGGCGUUCCUCGCAACAGUUGAAGGAUCGGUGUAUGUCUUUGCCGACAUCAGGCCAGAGCACCAAAGUCUACUAUUGCAAUUUCAAGAGAACUUGGCCGGAGUGGUCAAGACACUGGGUCAAGCUGACAAUGCGCCGGGUGCCGGGCUCUCAUUUAUGUCAUGGCGAGGUUUCCGGAACGCAAAGCGCGCGGCAGAUGCGCCCUUCCGCUUUGUCGAUGGGGAGCUGAUUGAGCGGUUUUUAGACUUGGAUGAGGCUAAACAGGAGGCCGUCGUUGCAGGACUUGGGCCGACGGUUGAGAAUAUGCGCAACUUGGUAGAAGAGUUGAAGCGCAUGCAUUAA